GCCAUCGUUUAUUUUUCACUUUCGGUCAGGGGUAUUAUUAAACGCACGCCGCCCAGGUCAGAACGACAACCGUACAACUGCACUGAAAAGGAACCGCAGAGAAACAGAGAGAGAGAGAGAGAGAGAGAGAGAGACGAAGCCAUGCAAGCGAAAGCUUCGCGUGAAGCUCUUUAAAGGGUUAAAAUCGUCAUUUAAUAUCCCCACGAGACCCCCCUUAUCCCUCGUUGUACUCGUUCUGGUUACGUUACGUCCAUUUGAAAAUAUCCAAAUUUAAUCCCCCACAACUUAACCAGCGCGUGACGAAUAGUUUCCGAUGCAUGUGAAUGAGAGUUGCCGAGACGUGCUUUAUAUGAGCGUGGAAAAAGAUACACAACCGACCAGAGUUACAGCUUUACGGCCUUCGUUAUCCACAAAACCGAACUAACUGAAACUGCCAAGGACAAUAUUACGGAAAUACCCUCUUUUGGGCCCCACUGGUCGAGGACUUGACAUCUGCAGAAGUGUCUGUGGAAUGGAACAAAGAAUUUCUGAUCAAAAAAAAAAAAAUUAUAAAGCUUCUCUUUCUCUCUCUCAUUCACUACACCUUCACAGGCAAAAUGGCACAUCAAAUAAUUCACCCUGGCAUUAAUGGCAUUUACCACUUUGCCACUUGCUCUUUCACUGCCAUCCCUAAGCUCUAUCAAUACCAGCUCAACCACCAAGACCACUGUUUUAGGGCUAGGGUUCUCUGUUCCGCUUUCCGCGCUGCCCCUUUGAAAAUAUUUUCGUCAACUUCGAAGAGUUUUUGGAAUAUUUUCUACGUAGCACAGGUGAGCCUUUUAGAGGGCCUUGAAAUUUUUGCAGAGCUCAUGAUGAUUCUGAGUUGAGUUGCAUGCGCAAAUUUGUUUUUCUUCUUAAAGAUGACGGACGGGCGGCGUCAUUCGGUUGAUAUUCCUAUUUCAAAGACUCUUGUAGCCUUGAGAAGAGUGAGGUCUCUGAGGGAUCCAUCAACAAAUUCUAUGAGCAAGUUCUCGUCUUCAAUCGACAAUGCAAACUGGGAUACCAAUUCAAGUAAUGGCAUAUCUCUGGGAUUCUUAGAUUCUUGCCAACAAGGUAUUUCUAGUAAAAACCAUGCUUUGAGACCAAAGAAAUGUAAUUUAUAUGGACAAAGAGAAGAGUACAUGGAUGAUUAUGAAAGUAGCCGUGGUUUGGGGAAAUCUCUUUUGAACUUGUAUGACAAUUCAGGGUGGGAUGGAGGUAUAAGCACUCCUUUUGAAACCGAACAGGCUGAAGGAUUAGGUGAUAGUGAAUCAUAUGAGGAAGAAAAUUUACGAAAUAAAGCAUUGAGUGAAAGAAAUUGCAAUUGCAAAAAUCAUAUUGAGAAAGGGCUUGACUUGACAUGCAUCACACAUGGAAAGAAUCCUUUAGAGGAUGUAGACUCAUACGAUGAACCAGCCAUAGGAUCAGUGGAAGAAGGGUUAGAUCAUAUUGCAUCAAAACGAAACUUCCAAUGCAAAAAUCAAGUAAAAUUAUCUGGGGCAGUUGGUGAUGUUAUGAGUCGAAUGAGUAGUCCAUAUCCCUCCACAAGUGAUGUUGUUUCAAGCCAUGACAUAUCUUUAUUUACAAAAGAAGAUGUUGAUGUUGAAGACCAUAAUGACCGUGGAUGUGGGAUAAGCUGUUGUUGGUCAAGAACACCUAGAUUCAGAGGGGACAUCGUUCCUUCUGAUGUAGAAGGUCGUCCCUUGUUAUGGAGGAAUCUGGAUGACUUAUCAUUUUAUGAAAACCGAAACUUGAAACACAGUGGUAGUGAAAUAAUUUCACAUUCUGAAACCCCUAGGAGUCUUAGUCAGAAAUUCAGGCCAAAAUCUUUUAAUGAGUUAGUGGGGCAAAAUGUAGUAGCAAGAUCUUUGUUGGGUGCUAUAUCAAGAGGAAGAUUAACCUCAUUCUAUCUUUUCCAUGGCCCCCGUGGUACAGGCAAAACCUCUGCCUCAAGGAUUUUUGCUGCUGCACUGAAUUGCCUCUCACUUGAGGAGCAUAGGCCAUGUGGUCUGUGCCGGGAAUGUGUUUCUUUCUUUUCUGGAAGGAGCAAGGACGUCAAGGAAGUGGAUUCUGUGAGAAUCAAUAGGCGAGACAGGGUUAGAUAUCUAAUUAAGAAUGCAUUGAUCCCUCCAGCUUCUUCACGGUUUAAGGUUUUUAUAAUUGAUGAGUGCCAUUUGUUGCAUGGGGAAACAUGGGCCACUGUUUUGAAUAGCCUGGAUAAUCUCUCACAACAUGUUAUCUUUGUGAUGAUCACUCCUAAUUUGGAUAAGCUGCCCCGAAGUGCAGUGGCACGGUCCCAAAGAUAUCACUUUCCUAAGAUAAGAGAUGCUGAUAUUGCAAGCAGAUUGGGAAGAAUAUGCGUUGAAGAGGGUCUUGAUUUUGACCAAGCUGCCUUAGACUUUAUCGCUGCCAAAUCCAAUGGAUCACUUAGGGAUGCUGAGAUGAUGCUUGAUCAGCUGAGUCUGCUUGGUAGAAAGAUCACAAUGUCCCUGGCAUAUGAACUUAUUGGCAUUGUUUCUGAUGAUGAAUUGCUUGAUUUGCUGGAUUUGGCAUUGUCCUCGGACACUUCAAAUACAGUAUUAAGAGCCAGAGAACUGAUGAGGUCAAGGAUUGAUCCUAUGCAACUUAUUUCACAGCUGGCAAAUCUUGUUAUGGACAUUCUUGUGGGUAACUGUCAGGAAGGUUGCUCUGAAGUCAGAAGAAAGUUUCACAGUAAGCAUAAUUCUGAAGUGGACUUGCAGAAGCUGGGCCAUGCAUUAAAGAUACUAUCUGAAACUGAAAAGCAACUGAGGAUGUCAAAAAAUCAAACAACAUGGCUCACUGUAGCUCUUCUGCAGCUAAGUUCUGUGGAAGUUUCUUCCUUGGAUGUAAACAAUUCAAAGUUAUGGUUGGGUAAUGCGCAUGAUAAAGGGAAGAGAUGCCAACAUCUUGUCGGUUGUUCAUGUGAGGACUGUCAGUCACAUAAGUUGGGAAUGCAGGAUGAUUGUAAAGGACCUUUAGAAUCCAUAUGGAAGAGAGCUACGGAAUUAUGCCGACCCACUUCACUGAAGAAUUUUCUGGAAAAACAAGGGAAAUUGUCUUCUCUAUUUGUUAGUAAAGGACAAGGUUUAGCGGUAGCCGAAUUGGAAUUCUGCCAUCCAGACUAUGUAUCCAAGGCAGAGAAGUCAUGGAAACUGAUUGUAAAUUCACUUCAGUCCAUUUUGGAUUGUAAUGUGGAGAUCAGGAUCAAUCUUGUACCUUGCCCUUCUAAUACAAAGCAUGUCAAAGUAAAUAAGCAAUCUUUCAGCUUGUUCAGUUGUUCCCGGAGAAUGCAGAAGUCUCAAUCAACUACUGAACAUGCAAGUGACUCGGACUAUUCUGAGUACACCUCUGAAAAACCUAUGAUAAGUGACAAAUCUAUGUUACCUUCAUCCUCUUGCUGUGGUUCUCAAAUGCCACAUAAUUGUUGCAGCAAAAUGGAGGUGAUAAAGACAUUGAGAAAUGAUGAAGGAAAUGUACCAAGGACAUCAACCUCAUCCCACAGAUCAUUAGGAGAUUAUAUGCCAAAUUCUGAGUUAGCAAUUGCUGCUUCAAAUGAACAGGCAAACAACAACCAUAGAGGCCAUGUUUUAUGUUUCCGCGAACCAGAGAAUCAGCCAAACUGUUUUUCUAGAUUGUUAAGGCUUCAGAAGAAGCUGCGUACGUCAGAGACCUCUCAGAUGAUUUGCUGCAGCCAACUACAAAACGGUCUCACAAUGUCUCAACCAAGGAAGUCAUAUUCUGGAAAAUUUUUAAGUGCCAACAAUUCAAGUGUUCCCUGCAGCUGCUCUAACACCUGCACUAGCAGCACCAGAGAUGAGAAUGAACUGAGGGAGGAAUCAGAAGCCCUUUGUUGGAGAACCCGAAUAUAUCCCCCUAGAAAGGCGUGCCAGACAAGGCAUCAACGACAAGAUUCGCAUUCGGUUGGGUGGGUUCUUCCCUGUGGUACUGUCAAAUAGCUGGUGAAAAUCUGAGAGUUUUGAUAUGUUUGCCUGCAUUUGGGAAGCUUCACAAAAAAGUAUUGCAGAUGCCUUCUGUGGGUUUGGGUUAUCAAAUGUUGAACUAAGCAAGCUUGUCUUGUCCUGUGCUCCCUUUUCGUUUUGUAUAAACAUUCUUUUUGGAAAAAGGAAUAUAUAUAUUUAGGAAUCAA